AUGUUGCGUAGGGGGGGGGUCACCGGGGGGAGGGUGGGGGGGGGGCGAUCGGGCGCGGGGACCCAGGUAAAUGGGGGGGGGGGGGGUGGGGGGGGUGUAGAUGGGGAUGGGGGGUACGUGGUAAAAUCGAAGGCGGGGGGGUGGAGGAUAGGGGGUGGGAAUAGGGGGGGUGGGGGGGAAGCCGUGGGCAGAGUCCGGUGGCGGGAGGGGAGGGUGGUGGGUGGGGGAGGGGGUGGUAGGGGGGAGGGAGACGGGGGGGGGGGGGGGGGGUGGGGGGAGGGAGACGGGGGCGGGGGGGUGGGGAGGUAG